AUGUCAGCUCCUUCCUUACCUUCCUUGAUAACGAAGCUCGUAGUGCUUGAGCAAUUAUCGUCUAUGCAUCUUCUUUCUGCCCUACUCUCAGGGAUCCCGCAGCGGCCCCGCCGGCCUGCACAUUGCCGCCCGCCCGCUGCAGCGCCCGCCCGCUCGUCGCCCGCUGCAGCUGCCGCCCGCUCGUCGCCCGCUGCAGCUGCCGCCCGCUCGUCGCUCGCUGCUGCUGCCGCCCGCUCGUCGCUCGCUGCAGCGCAUGCCCGCUCGUCGCCCGCUGCAGCUGCCGCUCGCUCGUCGCCCGCUGCUGCUGCCGCCCGCUCGUCGCCCGCUGCAGCUGCCGCUCGCUCGUCGCCCGCUGCUGCUGCCGCCCGCUCGUCGCUCGCUGCAGCUGCCGCCCGCUCGUCGCUCGCUGCUGCUGCCGCCCGCUCGUCGCCCGCUGCAGCGCCUGCCCGCUCGUCGCCCGCUGCAGCUGCCGCCCGCUCGUCGCCCGCUGCUGCUGCCGCCCGCUCGUCGCACGCUGCAGCUGCCGCCCGCUCGUCGCCCGCUGCUGCUGCCGCCCGCUCGUCGCCCGCUGCAGCUGCCGCCUGCUUGUCGCCCGCUGCAGCUGCCGCUACCACGGGCUCGCCGCUGCAGCUACCGCCUGCGCGUCGCCCGCAGCCGCUCCCGCUCGUGCGCCGCGGCCGCUACCGCCCGUGCGCUCCUGUUGCGCCUGCUACCGCUGCCGCUGCUGCACUCGCUCCCACUGCGGCCGCCGCUUCUGCGCCCACUGCCGCUCCCGCCCGUGCGCAUCAGCUGCUGCCGCCCACAGUUGCUGACCUCAUCACCCACCUUAAGACCAGUGAGGCCCGCUUUCGCGCUGCUAUGCCUGACGAGUUCCUCACCAGCAACCCCCCCCCGCUCUGGAUCACUCUCUACCACAUAGUCACCCGCCUCCCCGACUCCCUGCGCACAGUCAGGGACCACUUCCUCUCUCGCUCCCCCACUGAACUCACCAUUGCCCUCCUUGAGAAGGAACUGCUUGCAGCUGAGGCGAGCAUCGUCGCUGUAGGCACCUCUCGUGGCGACCCCCGCACCCCGUUCUUUGAGGGGUGUUCCCCUUCCCCUCUCCUCCCCUCUGUCGCCUCUGCUGCUGCUGUCGACCUCCUUGGUGCUGGGAAGGUCGGGGCCGCGUCUGCUUCGAGCGGGCGCCGCAAGAGCAAAGGGGGCAAGGGUGGAGGUGGCGGCGGAGGAGGUGGGGGUGGAGGCGGUGGGAGUGGAGGAGCGGCUGGGGAGGCUAGUGGCGGCAGUGGGGUGCUGACAGUAGCGGCGGGAGUGGCGGCAGGGGUGGAGGCGGCAGCGGAGGCGGAGGUGGUCGUGGCAGCGGCAGGGGUGGAGGUGGCCGAGGCGGUGGCGGCGGCAGUGGUGGUCGUGGAGGCGCUGGCGGUGGCCAGAGUCAGCAGCCCGCCCCGUCGCUUCAGGCCGCCCUUUCCUGAUGCCACUGACCUGCCCCGCUGGGCUGAUCUGGAGAAGAAGGGAGUUGAUAUCUGGGCUUUAGACUUUGAUGCUAUUCUCACUGCCAUGUAUGCGAUGUUUACUAGUGGAGAGGGUGCUCAGUACUUGCGUGUUCCGCCCGACCCGGGCAUUCAGACCAGUCCGGCUGCCGCUCUAGGUGCUAGUGAGUCUGCUGCCCCAGGUCCUGGUGAGGCUGCUGCUCUAGGUGCUAGUGAGUCCGUGCCCUCUGGUACUGAGUCGACUGCAGCACUGCACACCUUCACACUGGACUCAGGUGCUUCUCGCUGUUUCUUUCGUGACCGCACUGUCCUUGAGCCGCUUGCUCGGCCAGUUGCUGUCUCCCUCGCUGACCCCUCUGGGGGUCCGGUCGUUGCGACCUCCUCCACUGUCCUUCCUUGUCCUGCGGUCCCGUCAGGCACACUGUCAGGUCUCUACCUCCCCUCGUUCUCUACGAACUUGGUGGCAGGUAGUGCGCUCCAGGACGGGGGUGUUCACCAGUUCACCCCUGCUUACGAGCGCGUGACCCACUGCACGUGUGCUCGGAUGGGCCGUCACCUGGCUACCUUCACUCGGCAGCCGGGGUCGGACCUGUACACACUGACCACUGAGUCCCCUCAGGUAGCUGCGUCCGCGUCUGCGUCUGCGUCAGGUCAGCUGUCCGCCCCCUGCUCGUGUCGCUCUCUGGCGCAUGAGACUGUCCUCUGGCACCACCGCCUUGGUCACUCGUCUGUGCAGCGCCUUCGGGCCAUGCACAAACGGGACCUUGUUGCUGGUCUUCCCAGGGUUCUCCCUCCCCUCCCACCCUCGCCUGCUCCUCCCUGUAUUCCCUGUGUCGAGGGGCGGCAGCGCGCCGCUCCUCACUCCUCCUCCUUCCCCCCGACGACUGCUCCUUUGCAGACGCUCCACAUGGACGUGUGGGGCCCAGCCCGAGUCCGUGGUCAGGGUCAGGAGAGGUACUUCCUGAUUGUUGUUGACGACUUCUCGCGCUACACCACGGUCUUCCCCUUGCGCACCAAGGGUGACGUCCCUGAUGUCUUGAUCCCUUGGAUCCGCAGAUCUCGUCUCCAGCUCAGUGAGCGUUUCCGCUCCGACUUCCCUGUCCUGCGUCUGCACUCUGACAGAGGUGGGGAGUUUUCCUCUGGCCUCUUGGAGGCCUUCUGUCAGCAGGAGGGCAUUGAGCAGUCGUUCACGCUUCCGGCCUCUCCACAGCAGAAUGGGGUUGCUGAGCGCCGCAUUGGCUUGGUCAUGGAGGUCGCUCGUACCUCCUUGGUUCAUGCGGCUGCCCCCCACUUUCUGUGGCCGUUUGCAGUCCGAUACGCUGCGCAUCAGCUCAACAUCUGGCCCCGUGUCUCCUUACCGGAGACUUCUCCGACACUGCGUUGGACGGGAGAGGCUGGCGAUGCGUCGCGUUUUCGGGUCUGGGGAUCUCGAGCUUUUGUUCGCGAUACGUCCGCGGACAAGCUCUCCCGUCGAGCUGUCCCCUGUGUCUUCCUUGGCUUUGUCCCGGACGCGCCUGGUUGGCAGUUCUACCACGCCACCUCGCGUCGUGUCCUGGCCUCUCAGGACGUCACUUUUGACGAGUCCGUCCCCUACUACCGCCUCUUUCCCUACCGCACUGCCCCGCUCCCCCCCCCGCCUCUCUUCCUCGCUCCAGGUGCUGAGGUACCAGACCCCCUCCCCCCUCAGGGUGCCGCUCCCUCAGGUGUGUCCCAGGUAGACCCGGUUGAGCCUGUCGAGGUAGCUGUUGACUCUCGUCCUGCUGGGGGUGCUGAGCCUGACCGUGAGGAGUCUGAGGGUACUGAGCCUGGGGGUGCGGAGCCUGGGGGUGCGGAGCCUGGGGGUGCGGAGCCUGGGGGUGCUGAGCCUGGGGGUGCGGAGCCUGGGGGUGCGGAGCCUGGGGGUGCUGAGCCUGGAGGUGCGGAGUCUGGGGGUGCUGAGCCUGGGGGUGCUGAGUCUGGGGGUGCUGAGUCUGGGGGUGCUGAGCCUGAGCGUGCUACACCUGGAGGAGCCCUCUCCUCCCAGCAGCUGCAGGAGAGGUACCUGCAGUACUGCCGCCUCCGGAGAGGUGCUACUGGAGCUCGUACCAGUACUUCCCCUCCUGCCCAGGAGCUCCCCCCCAUUCAGCAGAUCCGAGAGUGGUACACGCGGCGCUGUAGUCUUCGGAGUGGUGCUCCUGGUGCUGCGGACCCUGAGGGUGGCGCUGCUACUGGUGCUGAGGACCCGGGUGUUGGAGCUGCUGCUGGUGCUGCGGACCCGAGCGGUGGCGCUGCUGCUGGUGCUGAGGACCCGGGCGUUGGAGCUACUGCUGGAGCUGAGGACCCGGACGGUGGAGCUGCUGCUGGUGCUGAGGACCCGAGCGGUGGAGCUGCUGCUGGUGCUGAGGACCCGGACGUUGGAGCUGCUGCUGGUGCUGAGGACCCUGCCGCUGGUGUCUCUGCUGGUUCUGGAGACGCUACGCGGCCGCGACCGUACUUCGUACCACUUCUUCAGCAGGUUCUUGGUCAGGCUCCUCCUCCUUGUCCUCCUCCCUCCGUAGAGUGUCCUCCGCCUGUCCAGUCGCAGUCACAGUUCCCGCCUGCCUCGCCUCUCCCUGGUCCCUCUCCUUACACUGGUCCCACAGGAGGUCUUACAGAGCGUCGUGAGCCUGAGUCUCGUCCUGCGUCGCCUGUUCGUACUGCUCGCACUGGUCGUCGUGUCCCACGUGAGCAUCCUCCUCCUGUCCCUGGCACUCACUACAUGACUCUGCGUCCCUCCACUGCUCCUCAGCGUGUUCCGCUGCCGUCUCCUCCUGCGUCCUCUCUGCCUACUCUUCGUUAUCCGGAGUCUGACUCCCGUCGUGCUGCCAGUCCCACUGUCACCCGUCUCCUCGCUACUGUUGUCACUGACCCUACCUUUGAGUCCUCUGCUGCGUCUGCUCUGGUCGCUGAGUUGAUAGACUUUGCUGCCCGGUGUCGUCUAGACUACGCCACUAGCCUUGUUGCUGAGUCUGAGUCUGAGUCUGUCUGUCCUCCGUCCGUCGGGGUUGCCCCUGAGGGAGACCCGGAUGCACCAGACAUCCCGACCCCGCGCACUUACGCUGAGGCGAUGGCGGGUCCCUACUCCUCUCAGUGGCAGACAGCCAUGGACGCAGAGAUGGCUUCUUGGAAGUCCACAGGCACCUACGUCGACGAGGUUCCCCCACCUGGGGCGAACAUCGUCAGUGGCAUGUGGAUUUUCAGGGUGAAGCGGCCACCGGGUUCUCCUCCUGUCUUCAAGGCGCGCUACGUGGCUCGAGGCUUCAAUGACCACUCUUCGGGUGCUGCUGCACAUAGCCGCUCAGCGCGACUACGAGCUUCACUCACUUGA